UCGCAAAGGGAAAGGGGAGAAGAGGCGAAGAGAGCGAGCGAGACAGAGACAGAGAGAGAGAGAGAGAGCCAUUACUCCUACUGUCUGUCGCCAUUGCCAUCCGAGCAAAACCCUAAUUUCUCUCGCUGCCAUGGAUCCCGAGUCGACUCAGAUGCAGCAGCAAGCCCAACUCGCCGCGAUUCUCGGCCCCGAUCCGGCGCCGUUUGAAACCCUAAUCUCCCAUCUGAUGUCCUCUUCGAACGAGCAGAGAUCUCAGGCCGAACUCAUCUUCAACCUCUGCAAGCAGACCGAUCCUAACUCUCUCGCUCUCAAACUGGCUCACCUCCUUCAGUUCUCUCCCCACCCCGAGGCCCGCGCCAUGUCCGCAAUUCUGCUCCGGAAGCAGUUGACUCGCGACGACUCCUACAUCUGGCCUCGCUUGUCCCCUUCCACUCAGUCCUCCCUCAAAUCGAUUUUCCUCGCUUGCGUCCAGCGAGAAGAGGCCAAGACCAUCAUCAAGAAGCUCUGCGACACCAUCUCUGAACUUGCUUCCGGCAUUUUGCCCGACAACGGCUGGCCCGAGCUCUUGCCUUUCAUGUUCCAAUGCGUCUCCUCCGAUUCUCCCAAGCUUCAGGAAUCCGCCUUCUUGAUCUUUGCCCAGUUGUCACAGUACAUCGGCGAAACCCUAAUUCCCCAUAUCAAGAGCCUCCACGCCGUGUUCUUGCAGUGUUUGACAUCUUCGUCCAACUCCGAUGUUAAGAUUGCUGCUCUCAGUGCCGUAAUCAACUUUAUUCAGUGCUUGUCAAAUUCGAGCGAUCGAGAUCGGUUCCAGGACUUGUUGCCGGCGAUGAUGCGGACGCUAACGGAAGCCUUGAAUUGCGGGCAGGAGGAGACUGCACAAGAAGCGUUGGAGUUAUUGAUUGAAUUGGCAGGUACAGAGCCGAGGUUCUUGAGGAGGCAAUUGGUGGACGUUGUGGGGUCUAUGUUGCAGAUUGCAGAAUUUGAAAGCCUAGAAGAGGGGACUCGGCACCUCGCAAUUGAGUUUGUCAUUACCCUUGCCGAGGCCAGAGAAAGAGCGCCUGGUAUGAUGAGGAAGUUACCCCAGUUUAUCAGUCGGUUAUUUGCCAUAUUGAUGAAGAUGCUGUUAGAUAUCGAGGACGAUCCUGCUUGGCAUAGUGCGGACACGGAGCAUGAGGAUGCAGGGGAGACCAGUAACUAUAGUGUUGGGCAGGAAUGCUUGGAUCGGCUGUCUAUUGCAUUGGGUGGAAAUACAAUUGUGCCCGUUGCAUCAGAACAGUUGCCGGCGUAUUUGGCAGCUCCCGAGUGGCAGAAUCAUCAUGCUGCCCUGAUAGCACUUGCCCAGAUUGCAGAGGGUUGCUCAAAGGUGAUGAUUAAAAAUUUAGAGCAAGUAGUGAACAUGGUUUUGAAUUCAUUCCAAGAUCCUCACCCUCGAGUGCGCUGGGCUGCUAUUAAUGCAAUUGGACAGUUGUCCACAGAUUUGGGCCCAGACUUGCAAGUUCAGUACCAUCAGCGGGUGCUGCCAGCUUUAGCUGCAGCUAUGGAUGAUUUCCAGAAUCCUCGCGUGCAGGCACAUGCUGCUUCAGCCGUGCUCAAUUUUAGUGAGAACUGCACUCCCGAUAUUUUAACACCUUACUUGGAUGGAAUUGUGAGCAAACUGCUUGUACUGUUACAGUUACAGAAUGGCAAACAAAUGGUGCAAGAGGGGGCGUUGACUGCUUUAGCAUCAGUUGCUGAUUCAUCCCAGGAACACUUCAAAAAGUACUAUGAUGCAGUUAUGCCUUACUUGAAGGCUAUUUUGGUGAAUGCAACUGACAAAUCAAACCGCAUGCUUCGUGCUAAGGCCAUGGAAUGUAUAAGUUUGGUUGGAAUGGCAGUUGGGAAGGAAAAAUUCAGGGAUGAUGCCAAGCAGGUUAUGGAAGUGCUCAUGUCAUUGCAAGGAUCUCAAUUGGAGACAGAUGAUCCUACUACAAGUUAUAUGCUACAAGCUUGGGCUAGGCUCUGCAAGUGCUUGGGACAAGAUUUCCUCCCUUACAUGAGGGUUGUAAUGCCUCCGUUGCUUCAGUCAGCUCAACUUAAACCAGAUGUAACCAUUACAUCUACAGAUUCUGAUAAUGACAUUGAUGAAUCAGAUGAUGAGAGUAUGGAGACCAUUACACUUGGGGAUAAAAGGAUAGGGAUCAAGACUAGUGUACUAGAGGAGAAAGCUACGGCUUGUAACAUGCUUUGUUGCUAUGCUGAUGAGUUGAAGGAAGGGUUUUAUCCAUGGAUUGAUCAGGUUGCACCAACACUAGUUCCACUUCUGAAGUUUUAUUUCCAUGAAGAAGUCCGAAGAGCAGCUGUUUCUGCAAUGCCAGAGCUACUGCGUUCAGCAAAAUUAGCUGUAGAGAAGGGCCUUGCUCAAGGUCGCAAUGAGUCAUAUGUUAAGCAGUUAUCUGACUACAUAGUUCCAGCUUUGGUGGAAGCUUUGCAUAAGGAGCCUGAUACAGAAAUAUGCGCAAGCAUGUUGGAUGCAUUAAAUGAAUGCAUACAGAUCUCUGGACCUCUCCUGGGAGAAAACCAGGUCAGGAGCAUUGUGGAUGAGAUAAAACAGGUAAUCACAGCCAGCUCUAGUAGAAAAAGAGAGCGAUCAGAGAGGGCCAAAGCUGAAGAUUUUGACGCUGAAGAGGGAGAGUUACUAAGAGAAGAAAAUGAGCAAGAGGAAGAAAUUUUUGACCAAGUAGGUGAAAUUAUGGGAACUUUGAUUAAAACAUUCAAGGCCUCUUUCUUGCCCUUCUUUGAUGAGCUGUCGUCAUAUCUAACCCCUAUGUGGGGGAAGGAUAAAACAGCUGAGGAGAGAAGGAUUGCAAUUUGCAUCUUUGAUGAUGUUGCAGAGCAGUGUCGUGAAGCAGCUCUGAAAUAUUACGAUACAUAUCUGCCUUUCCUUUUGGAAGCUUGCAACGAUGAGAACCCAGAUGUCCGACAGGCUGCUGUAUAUGGACUCGGUGUUUGUGCAGAAUUUGGUGGUUCUGUUUUUAAACCCCUUGUUGGAGAGGCUCUUUCAAGGCUAAAUGUUGUUAUAAGGGAUCCUAAUGCAUUGCAAGCUGAAAAUGUAAUGGCGUAUGACAAUGCCGUUUCUGCUUUGGGGAAAAUAUGUCGGUUCCAUCGUGACAGGAUAGAUUCAGCUCAGGUUGUUCCUGCAUGGUUGAGCUGCCUUCCAAUAAAAGGUGAUUUAAUCGAGGCAAAAGUUGUCCAUGACCAGCUGUGUUCAAUGGUUGAGCGGUCAGAUAAAGAGCUUUUAGGCCCCAACAACCAGUAUCUUCCUAAAAUUGUCGCGGUAUUUGCAGAGAUUCUGUGUGCUGGCAAGGAUCUUGCAACAGAGCAAACUGUGAGCCGAAUGAUUAAUCUUUUGAGGCAACUUCAACAGACAUUACCACCGGCCACCUUAGCUUCGACGUGGUCAUCCCUGCAACCCCAACAGCAGCUUGCAUUACAGUCCAUUCUCUCAUCAUAAUAGCUGCUGCUGCUGCUGCUGCUGCUG